AUGCUAUAUAAGGAUUCAAAAGCACAAGUAAAAAUGAAUGGGAAACCAUCAGACAGUUUCGACAUAGAAACAGGAGUGAUGCAAGGUGUAAUACCAUCUCCAAUGCUAUUCAAUAUCCUAUUUGGUUUUGCCAUUAGAAAAGUUAUUGAAGAAGCUAGUGUUGCUGGAGUAAAAUUUCCGUACGUCAGUAAUGAUUUCUUUCACAGAAGUCGUGAAAAAUAUGAAAACUUUAAUGUCUUGGCUCUUCUAUAUGCAGACGAUUUGGUUGCAAUGUGUGAAACUACUGAUGAUCUUGAAAAAUUUAUAAGAUCGUUUGAAAAAAUUACACAACAAUUUGGCUUAACGAUGAGCGUUAAGAAAACAUGCAUUAUGACACUACAACAACUCAAGGAAGACCAGCAUGCAACAGCUUUUGAAAGGACAAGAAGUGGACCAUGCUGA